GAGUUACAACGACCGAACAGAUCGACCAGAGAUCCACCAUUGUUUGACGACAAAGGACUUAUUGUACAGAAGGGAGGGACGCUGGCGGAAACUGGUCUUGUAAAGAGUCGUCUGUGUUUCAAGGUCUCUGUAUUGUCGUUUUUCUGUCGCUUGUGCUGGGCCAGUUCCGUCCUUGCAACAUGAAGUUAAACUACAAAUUUUCCAACCUGUGUGGGACGGUCUACAAGAGAGGGAAUGUCAUUUUCACACCCGAUGGGAACUCAGUCGUCAGCCCCGUAGGAAACCGGGUAACAGUUUUUGAUCUCGUGAGCAAUAAGUCCCACACACUGCCGUUUGAGAACAGAAAAGACAUUGUCCGCCUCGCUCUGUCACCAAAUGGCUCACUUUUGAUUACAGUCGACGAAGACGGCCGGGCACUUUUGGUGAAUUUCCAGCGACAAGUAGUACUUCACCACUUCAAUUUCAAAACGCCCGUUCGCGAUCUAGUGUUCAGCCCUGACGGUCGCUAUCUAGCUGUUACUCACGAGAAACAUGUACAUGUCUGGCGGACACCCGGGUUUACUCUCGAGUUUGCUCCGUUUAUCCUACAUCGAAAAUAUCCCGGACACUACGAUGAUGUAGUCCACCUUUCUUGGUCGCCUGAUUCACGAUUUUUCCUUACUGGAAGUAAAGAUAUGACUGCAAGGCUGUAUGCUGUAGAUCCAAUAGAAGGAUUUCAUGGGGCGGUCUUAGCCGGGCAUCGUGAUACUGUUGUCGGUGCGUGGUUCUCGAAAGAUGUGAAUACUGUAUAUACUGUGGGUAAAGAUGGGGCCUUGUUUGAAUGGAAUAUGAAGGAGGAAAUGGAAGGGGAGGAUGAGUCUGGAAUGAACGGGGAGGAGCCAGCAACAGCAAAGAAAAGGAAAGUGGGAGAUGGGGAAAGAAUCAGGGUGAAGAAAUGGCGAACAUCAGCACGACAUUACUUCAAUCAAAACCACGCGAAGGUGGUAAGUGUAGCGUUCCAUGCCGCCUCAAGUCUACUGGUAGUAGGCUUUACCUCUGGUAUCUUUGGAAUCUGGGAGCUGCCUGAUUUCACAAACAUCCACACACUGAGUAUAUCCCAAAAGAAAAUCACAGCUACGGCCAUUAACUCAUCUGGGGAAUGGCUGGCAUUUGGAUCGUCUGCUCUUGGACAGCUUCUCGUGUGGGAGUGGCAGUCUGAGUCAUACGUUUUGAAGCAACAAGGGCAUCACCAUGAGAUGAGCUGUUUGUCUUACUCGCAAGAUGGACAAUUUGUGAUAACUGGAGGAGACGACGGGAAAGUGAAACUAUGGAAUACGCAGACUGGGUUCUGCUUUGUAACCUUCACGGAACAUUCUGCCGGUGUCACGGCGGUCGAAUUUGCAAAGCAAGGUCAAAUAGUGUUUUCAGCCUCGUUGGAUGGAACCGUACGAGCUUUCGACCUCAUUAGAUAUCGGAACUUUCGGACAUUCACGACGCCAACUCCUGUUCAAUUUUCGUGCUUAGCGGUUGAUCCGAGUGGAGAAGUCGUUUGUGCAGGGAGCUCUGAUACAUUUGAGAUUUUUGUAUGGUCAGUGCAAACUGGAAAGCUGCUGGAUAUUCUCACAGGCCACGAAGGACCUGUGAGUCACCUCACCUUCUCACCUUCUGAGGGCAUACUGGCCUCGGGCUCCUGGGAUAAAACCGUCCGGAUGUGGGAUGUGUUUGGCAAAGAUCGGGCGCAAGAAGCCAUGGAACACCAAGCCGAGGUCAUUUCCAUUGCGUAUCGUCCAGAUGGAAAAGUCCUGGCUGCUUCAACAUUAGAUGGUCAGGUUAGCCUCUGGAAUGUGAAUGAAGGGAAGCAGGUUGGCUCGAUAGAAGGGCGAAAGCAUAUUUCCGGAGGUCGUAAAGCGGAUGAUCGCAUGACUGCUGCGAACAACUCGGCUGGAAAACACUUCACUUCCAUAUGCUUCACGGCGGACGGGACCGGACUAAUCGCUGGAGGCAACUCAAAGUAUGUGUGUAUAUAUGACGUGCCAACCAAGGUGCUUCUGAAGCGAUUCCAGAUUUCCCAAAACCUGUCAAUGGAUGGUAUGCAAGAGUUUCUAAAUAGUAAGAACAUGACGGAGGCUGGACCGAAGGACUUGAUCGAUGACACCGGGGACCUCAGCGACCUAGAAGAUCGAAUGGACACAAGUUUACCCGGUGUGAUAAAGGGCGAUGCCAGUCUGCGAAAGACGCGACCACUGGCGCGAACCAAAGGCGUUCGGUUUUCUCCUACUGGACGAUCAUGGGCUGCAGCUUCAACGGAGGGUCUUCUCAUCUAUUUCCUCGAUGAAACCCUCUUGUUUGAUCCUUUCGAUCUUGAACUUGACAUCACGCCGGACGCGAUCAUGGAAGCAUUGCGAGACAAGGAAUAUCUUCGAUCUUUAGUCAUGAGUUUCAGGCUGGGUGAAAGGCCAAUCAUACAAAAAGUAUAUGAUAACAUUCCAGCAGAUGAGAUCAUGCUGAUAGCACGGGAGCUUCCAGUGAAGUACUUGGAGAGAAUGCUGAAGUUUGUGAUUACAUAUAUGGAGGCAAGCCCGCGAAUCCAGUUCAAUCUCAUGUGGGCCACAACGCUGUUAAAGUAUCAUGGCCGAUAUUUGAAAGACCACAGCGUUGAAUUCGCGAGUGUCCUACGCGGGUUGCAAAAGGGGAUGUCGAAAAUGUAUGAGGAUCUCGGGAAAGUUUGCAACGAUAAUACCUACACGAUGGGAUACCUAUUAAAUGCUCACAAGCAAAAGCUAGCAGAAGGGCCCACCGAAGUCGUACAGAUGGAGGAAGUCAGUAUGGAUAUGGUAAUAUAGCGGGAUGAUUUAGGCAGACAAAGUUGUGUUUGGUACACCAGUUGUUGGUAUCUACGUAGAAUUGCAUAUUGAAAUCGUUAGCGGCAGCAAGCAUCCUUCGUAAAUAGAUGUAUUUAUAUUUGUGAGCGCACUGUAACACAUGAAGCCCAGGCAAUUUCAUUAUUGACCCG